AUGGACAAAGGCACCAAUUUGCCAGUUCUACCCACUAAAAGUGCUGCGAAAAUUGUCAUGUUAAAUCAGAUGGUCAGGGAUGUUCUGCUGCUGGGUAAUAAGGUAGGAAUGGCGGGAAGACGCCAGUCGGUGACCGCUCAAAUAUCACGACAAGCGAGGCGGCUUUCCACCGUAAUUGCGCCACAAUUCACAAAAAUCGAACCCGUGAACAUAUUGCAAAAAGUGGAAGGCGUAGAAAUACGGAUCAGUGACAUAACGCAGGGCAAUUCCAUUGAAGAGUAA